GCAAGGUAAAGAUCUUCCUCUAUCUUCUGCCAAUCUCAAGGACAUUCCAAAUGGCCCCUCGAGUUACUUACAGACGUCGUCUUUCUUACAACACCCGUUCCAACAGAACCCGUGUCGUUAAGACCCCUGGUGGUAACCUCAACCUCCAGUACGAGAAGAAGCCUGCCACCGCCCCCCGUUGCGGUGACUGUGGUGACAAGCUCGCUGGUGUCAUUGCUCUCCGUCCCCGUGAGUAUGCUCAGGUUUCCAAGACCAAGAAGACUGUCAGCCGUGCCUAUGGUGGAUCUCGCUGCUCUCACUGCGUCCGCAACAGAAUCGUUCGCGCUUUCUUGAUUGAGGAGCAAAAGAUCGUCAAGAAGGUCCUCAAGUCCCAGAGCGAGAAGAAAUAAGUUGCACAUUUUUCGUAAAUGGGUACAAAAAAUUUAAACCGAAAUGCUUUGUGAUUGAAUAAAACCUUCAUAAGCUAUCAUCAAUAAUCUUGAACAGCAGGCAUGUG